GGGGACUCUUUCCUUCUCCAAUCAACUCUCUGCACAUGGACCUCCAAUACCUAAUCGUAGACUGACUCCCUUUCUUUUUUUCCAUUUUUUUUUUUAAAUACAUUAUCUUAAACCAUCUCCCGGUUUAUACUUUUCUAGUUAAGCUGAUCAUGUUAAUCAUUCUUCUCAAAUUUUCUGAAAACCUUCUCUUAUUUUUCUGUUUCUAAAUGAGUUGACCACAACUCCUCAGCUCGUCAUUUUUAUUUUCUGAGUCUUUGAAAUACAUAAAUCCUCUGUAAGUACUAAGUAGAUUGAAGAGUUCAUCCAUCUUACAAAUUAUGAAUUCAAGGGUGGGAAAGAUGACGAUAAUGGAUCCUCCAAGAUUGCUUCUCUUCCUUUAUCCCUUCCUCACACUUCACCUUCUUGCCGUAACAGUCUUUGCUCAGCCAGACUUCCUCUACCAUUUCUGCAUAGAGGGUGUUGGUAAUUACACAAGUAAUAGCACCUACAAGGCAAACCUCAACACCCUCCUCUCUUCUCUCCCCUCAGACAACGCAAUCGACUACGGCUUUUAUAAUUUCUCCGCCGGCCAAAACUCUGAAAGAGUCAACGCAAUUGGGCUUUGCAGAGGAGACGUUACACCAGAUGCGUGCCGGAGUUGCCUCAAUGACUCCAGGCUUCAACUCACUGAGCUCUGUCCCAAUCAGAAGGAGGCAAUAGGAUGGUACGAUAAUUGUAUGUUACGAUACUCGAAUCGCUCCAUAUUCAGCACCAAGGAAGAUUUGCCUGCCUUCUCUAUGCACAAUGUGAACAACGUCUCCAAUGGAGAUGAGUUCAAUGAAGCCCUGGGGAACUUGUUCGCCAGCCUUAAAAGCAAAGCUGCUUCGGGUGAUUCGCGUUAUAAAUUUGCAACAGGAGAAGUGAAUGUGUCGAGUUUUCAGAACAUAUAUGCCCUGGUGCAGUGCACCCCUGAUUUAUCCCAGUUGUCCUGCAGCAACUGCAUAGAUGGGGCUAUUAAUGGUAUUCCGGGUUGUUGUGAUAGAAAGCAAGGAGGAAGAGUUGUGAAACCCAGUUGCAACAUUAGGUUCGAGUUGUACCGUUUCUAUGACUUCACUGCGGCUAAUGCUCCUCCACCAGCAGCAGCAACGCUACCGCCUUCUCCUCCCACUAAUGUCAGUACUCCACCUCCAUCCAAUACCACGUCUACAAAAGGAAAGAACAGCAACACCUCCGGGACGGUGGUCCUAAUAAUUGUCCCCUCAGUUGUUAUUUCUGUAAUGCUCAUCACCUUCAUCUGCUGCCUUUUAAAAAGGAGGCGAACAAGGGAAAGUGUUGGAACUCAAGAUGAGGAUGAAAUUGGAAAUACGGAAUCCUUGCAAUUUGACUUUGCCACUAUUAGAGUUGCAACAAAUAACUUCUCUGAUGCUAAUAAGCUUGGACAAGGUGGAUUUGGCCCUGUUUAUAAGGGUCGGCUUUCCAAUGGACAAGAAAUUGCUGUGAAGAGGUUGUCAAGCGGCUCGGGACAAGGAGAACUAGAGUUCAAGAAUGAGGUGAUAUUGGUGGCCAAGCUUCAACACAGAAAUUUGGUUAGGCUCUUGGGUUUUUGUUUGGAAGGAAUAGAAAGGCUUCUUAUCUAUGAGUUUGUGCCUAAGACUAGCCUUGAUAACUUCAUCUUUGAUCCAGUCAAACGUGCGCAAUUAGAUUGGGACAGGCGCUACAAAAUCAUAGGAGGCAUUGCUCGAGGACUUCUCUACCUUCAUGAAGAUUCUAGACUUCGGAUCAUUCAUCGUGAUCUCAAAGCAAGCAACAUUCUCUUGGAUACAGAAAUGAACCCUAAAAUUUCAGAUUUUGGCAUGGCAAGAUUAUUUGUAGUAGAUCAAACCCAAGGCAAUACCAGUAGAAUUGUAGGAACCUAUGGCUAUAUGGCUCCUGAAUAUGCCAUGCAUGGACACUUUUCAGUUAAGACAGAUGUUUAUAGCUUUGGUGUUCUAGUUCUGGAAAUUGUGAGCGGCCAAAGGAACAAUUGUAUCCGUAUUGGUGAGAAUGUUGAGGAUCUCCUGAGCUAUGCCUGGAAAAAUUGGAGGGAGGGGAAAGCAACCAAUGUGAUGGAUCCAACAAUGGGGACUGGCUCAACAAGUGAAAUAAUGAGAUGCAUCCACAUUGGGCUCCUAUGCGUGCAAGAAAAUGAAGCUGACAGACCAACCAUGGCUUCUGUUGUUCUCAUGCUUAAUAGCUACUCUUUGAGUCUCCCACUACCUUCACAACCUGCAUUCUUUAUGAAUAGUGGCAUGAAUGGGGACUUGCCUCUUGAACUAGAGGAUAAUUCAAGCGUGACCAAGUCAGAUCAUUCUCAAAAUAAAUCUGCCAAGUUUUCAGCAAAUGAGGCUUCAAUCACCGAUCUGUAUCCUCGAUAAUGUGCCAGCUGCAGGCUAUGAUAAAAAAGCAUGCUUGUUUUAACUAAAUACCCAAUGGGGUUAAGAGGAAAAGAUGAUACAUAGAGUACUCAUUCAUAACGAAUUCAUAAUUGCUUUCAGUUCUUUGUAUCUAAAUCCCGUGUAUUGUUAUUAUAUGGUUCCCUUCCAACAGGACAUUUUUAAGUUUUUCAUUUA